CGCCGCUGCUCCGGAGCCGCCGCUCUCGCCGCUCGCUGCAGCCUGGCUCGCGGCCGCCCUCUCGGCCGGACGAUGGUGUGCGGCCGCCGCCUGGGGCUCGCCCUGGGGCUGCUGCUGGCGCUGGCGCUGGCCCCGCGGACGCUGCGGGCCAAGCCGACCGUGCGCAAGGAGCGCGUGGUGCGGCCCGACUCGGAGCUGGGCGAGCGGCCGCCCGAAGAUAACCAGAGCUUCCAGUACGACCACGAGGCCUUCCUGGGCAAAGAGGACUCCAAGACCUUCGAUCAGCUCACGCCGGAGGAGAGCAAGGAGAGGCUGGGGAAGAUUGUUGAUCGAAUCGACAGUGAUGGGGAUGGCUAUGUCACCACAGAGGAGCUGAAAGUUUGGAUCAAAAGGGUGCAGAAAAGAUACAUUUAUGAUAAUGUUGCCAAAGUCUGGAAGGAUUAUGAUAGGGACAAGGAUGAUAAAAUUUCCUGGGAAGAAUACAAACAGGCCACCUACGGUUACUACUUAGGUAAGGAGCUCUGGAACCCCACGGAGUUUUCUGACUCUUCAGAUCAUCACACCUUUAAGAAGAUGCUGCCACGGGACGAGAGGAGGUUCAAGGCUGCAGACGUCGAUGGGGACCUGACGGCCACUCGGGAGGAGUUCACAGCUUUUCUGCACCCCGAGGAGUUUGAACAUAUGAAGGAAAUUGUGGUGCUGGAAACUCUGGAAGACAUUGACAAGAAUGGGGAUGGCUUUGUGGAUCAGGAUGAGUAUAUUGCGGACAUGUUCUCCCACGAGGAGAAUGGCCCUGAGCCAGACUGGGUUGUGUCAGAACGGGAGCAGUUCGAUGAAUUCCGGGACCUGAACAAGGAUGGGAAGUUGGACAAAGAUGAGAUUCGCCACUGGAUCCUCCCUCAAGAUUACGACCAUGCACAGGCCGAGGCCAGGCACCUGGUGUAUGAGUCGGAUAAGAACAAGGAUGAGAAGCUCACGAAAGAGGAGAUACUGGAGAACUGGAACAUGUUUGUUGGAAGUCAAGCUACCAAUUAUGGGGAAGACCUCACCAAAAAUCACGACGAACUUUAAUAGACAACUCACAGUAACCUAGAGACCAUCACAAGCUUGCUUUUGUUGUCAUGGAUGGCUGUUGCUACAGUUGUCUGAUUCAUAGCAUUUGUAUCCCCCCAAAAUCAAGUUGAUACCUCAGAUGGGGGUAAAAAUUGUUUUCUUCUCCAUCACUAUUCUUUCAGUAAGAUAGUUCUCAAGAUGCGUUAAGGUCUUGGUAAAUUGCAGUUCUUUACAGGGAUACACUGCUACAAUAUCACAUAUUUUUUUUUUUCUGUGCAAUUUCAAGAGGGAAUAAAACUUGAAAAAAAAAAUCCCUGUUAUUUGGAAAUUGGGAGGGUCUGGGGAGGGACAGUCUCCAGGAUGGCAUCUGUAUAUUUUUAACUACCAGAUUUUUGACAUUUGUUCCCUGUACAAAAAUUGGUGCAGGAAAAUUCUGGGAUGCAGAAGCAGUAUCAUCUUAGGUCAUCUUAUUUCACAGCUAGUCUAAUAUUUCAUAUUCUUUCUUCUUCACUUUCUAUCUUGAGCUGUCACUGUAAGUGGUAUAUAAAACCUCUGUGGGUUUUUCUAUAUGGACGUGUUAAUGUGCACAAUAAACCCACAUUUUAUUUUGUUUUUAUAACAAGAAGCAAUCAGGAAAGAUAAUGUGAAAAAGAAAGGAAUUUUAUAGGUCAGGAACAGAUGAACAUUAGGCAUUUCAGGAGUUGUAGCGAAAGAUACAUUUUCUCAGCAUGUAAAUGCACUAGGUCUGAUCUCUGAAGUAGUGACUGGAACAACAUCCAUUUCCUCAGGAUCCAGUUGGAAGGAGGCAAUGGCAUUCUGGAUCCCAUUCCACCCAUCCAGAGAUCCCAGGAUCCUGGGGCCUGCCAAGGAGUUCUACCAAGGGGUUAGGGUCUGUGCUACCAACCAAUCAGGCACAGUCAGUUUGAAAAGCCACCUUGUAAACUAGAACUGAAUGAAAUAAAGGCUCCCCUGGAGGGUUUUCUACUGUG